ACAGACAGUCGGUUGGUUUCGGUGGUUUCGCUGGUUUCGGUGGGUCCCCGGUGGAGUCGUCGCGUUCGUACCGCCAAAGGAAAAGAGAGGAAAGACCGUAGUGCCGUAGUAAUACCGGGGCUCCAAAUCCGAAAAGCCGUAGCUCCGUGUAGUCACCAGCGUUUCGGCGCUAGACAAUCGCGAGUAUUGCUGCAGCUAGAAGGAAAAUAAAUAAUGUGUCGCACAAGAUCGCUGCGUGUCGCGCUCAAUUAAAUACACAUACUUUUUUGUAUUCUCCCCUAGUCUUUAUUUUUAUUUUCAAUUUUUUUUUCCUUUGCACCACAUCGCUGUUAUUUAUAUUUAAUUGUUUAAUAACAACAGCAGCCAACAGCAAAGUAAAGUGCGAAAAGUGAAGUGGAGUUUGCCGACGAGUGAGUGCGAGUGAUCGCGAGUGCGCACAAAAAAAAAAUUGGAGCAGGUUCCAGAGAUCCCAUCUAUAGAGUUCUGGAGUUCUGGAGUUCUGGAGUUCCUAAGUACCAGCGUUUCGUUCUGGGUGGCGUUGGCGUUCCCUUGGUAAAGGAGCACGUACAAUUGCCAGUCCCUGUUCGCGGAUCACGGUCCACCACCUGUCGUUAAUUAAAUGUCAACAAAUCCGAGGGGUGGGGAGCAGGAAGAUCCAGCCGAAGACUGCGAGGAGCCAAAUGAAUUGGAUUCGAAACUGGAGACCGAGAAUCCAGUAUUUAAACCAAACGAAAUUGUGCAAAAUGUUUGCCCGACUGUCGGAUAAAUCAUAAGAAUAUCAUCAGAACAAGACCGAAGAAUCGGUGAGGAGUAGGAGAUAUAUAUCUGGAUAAGCGAAAGAAAUCUCAACGAAAAUAAGGAAAAUGGUCAAUGCAAUGAUGGAUGCCAUAGCGCUGCUCAGCUCGCUGGCCAGCGAUUUGGACACAAUGCUAAACGAUCUUCGUUCGGCGCCGAGUCAUGCAGCAACAUCAAUAGCAGCAACAGCAGCAGCAACAUCAAACCAACAGCAACAGCAACAUCAACUGCAACAUCAACAUCAUCUCCAUAAUCAGCAGCAAAUGCAAUCAAGGCAAUUGCAGGCACAUCAUUGGCAGAGCAUUAACAACAAUAAGAAUAGCAACAUCAGUAACAAUAACAACAAUAAUAAUAUUAAUAACAAUAAUAAUAACAAUAAUUUGCCACACCCACCUUGCCUGAUCGACAUCAAACUGAAGUCAAGCCGAUCGGCAGCAACCACAUUAACCAGCACUGCAACAACAGCAACAGCAACCUCCAAUCAGUUGCAACAACGACGUCGUGUGGCCCCCAAACCACUGCCACGCCCCCCGCGACGUAGCCGCCCAUCGGGGCAAAAGGAGGCGGGGCCGGUGGGUGCGGUGGCGGAUGAGGAGGAUGGGGAUACGGAUGCCAGCGACCUGGCCAAUAUGACAUCACCGUUGAGCGCCAGUGCAGCGGCCACUCGAAUCACCGGCCUCUCGCCGGAAGUGAAAAAGGUUCAGCGGCUGCCACUGUGGCACGGCCGGAACGGCGGAAACGGAAGCACCACCCAUACCCACAACCACUGCCACCCAACGAACGUCUCCGUGCAACGCCGCCUGCCAAUCCAAAGUCAUCAGCAGCGAAUUCUGACCCAUCGAGUCCAUCAUCAUCGACCUCAGCAUGGGACAAGUGAGCCACUUCCAUCUGCUGGAGCCACGCCCUCGUCCUUGGAGGCGGCCUCUGUGGAUGCCGGUAACAACAUCAACAACAAUCACAAUGGCCAACAGUCACAAAAAUCUCAGCAACAGGCGAGUCUCAGCGCCAUCAGCAGCAAACUGAAUAACCUGGCCCAGUCCAAUCUGAACAACAAUAAUACGAGCAUUCAGCCAGGAUCCAUGACAUCAGCCUCGAAUCACAUUCAAAAUGUAAAGCAGAACCAAAAUCAAAAUCAAAACACAGACAGCCGCCGGAGUAGCAGCCUGGAUCCGGAUGGGGAUGUGGAUGAUGUCGUGGAUGCGGUCCAUGGCGGAGCCUUCGAGGAUGACAUGCAGGCCCUACUGCCCAAGUGUUCGCGUCGCUCCCGGGAUGAGCUCAGUCAGUCGCGCACAUCUCUGGUGUCCAGUUCGGAGGGCGGCAUCCUGGCCGAGGGCGAGACCUCCAGCGAGGACGACGAGGAGGAGCCCGUGGAGGCGGAGGACGAGGAUGAGGGCGAGGAGAGCAGCCGGGAUUCCAGCGACAAUUCACCGCCCUGCGACCUGGGGCUCAUGGAGCGCCUCCUGGUCACCCAUCCGAUGUGGUUCCUGCCCGGCAUCCAACGAUCCGGGGCCGUACAUCUGCUCCAGGGCAAGGAGGAGGGGACCUUCAUAGUUCGUGGUUCCAGCCAGCCGAAUACGAUGGCUGUUUCGGUGAGACUGCCCCAGGAUACGGGACCCUAUAUCGAGCAUUAUCUCAUCCAGUCGCACGAUAAUGUUUUGAGUUUGGAGAGCUCGAGGUUUACGUUCGGCUCGAUACCCUCGCUGAUUGCCCACUAUGCCCAGUGUUGCGAUGAGUUGCCGGUGCAGCUGAUGUUGCCACGAGUUUUGCGGGAGGCCAACAACCGGAAGAAGCUGAGCUCCUUGGCCUUGCUGGGCCAGGAGUUCUGGAGCUAUGCCAGCAGUCCGGCCCUCUUGGGUCCGCCCACACCAACGGUGGCCCCAUCGAGGGAUCAGCACCUGCUGGAUGCCAAAUCGCCGCUCUCGCUGACCGAAACCAGUGGCCUUGGAACGGCCACCUUUUUCAGCGAUGCUCUGGCCAAGCCACCGCCGACUGGAGCACCACCCAUUCCGGGCAGCAGUCUCUUCAGUCCCACCGGCAGUGGCCAAUUGCUCGGCUUCUUCAGCCAGGCGGGAACUCCGUCGGACACCACCAACUCGAGUCUCAGCUCCUUCACCACCAGCGGAGGUCAGCACCUGCAGCUUCUGAGUCCAAAUUCAGUGGAUUCGGUGAUUCUGACCAUGUCACCAGUGGACAAUCCAGGGCAUUAUAUGCCCGGCUCAGCGGGGGCUCCUUUGGCACCCAUGCCCCUGUGCCCAUCACUGGUUGACCAGCAACAGUUAAGCACCUUUAAGGUGGCCCAAACGGUACCGGAGGUGGCGGAUCAAGUGCGUCCGCAGCGACCAAAGCCGCCGAAUACAUUGAAUCUCAAGCCACCGGCACCACCAUUGCGCUGGUCGAAGCCCCAUUCUCCGGAUCAGAAUGGAGGUGCCAAUGGAAAUUUUACGGUGACCACCACGGUUACCUUUUCGAUGGAGAAUGGUGGUGCGAGUGGAGCGGCAGCGGGAAAUGGUAAUGGAAAAUUCGUGGAGGUCACCACGCCGGCGUCCAGCAAUCCCUUCAAUGCCCUGCUCAAUGGCCAGGCCAGCACUUUCCAGACCUUUGCCAAGCGCUUGUCGCCGGAGGGCGAGUGCAAGGAUACGCUGUCCUCGCAGGGAUCCUCCUCAAAUGAUGGCCGCUGGCCACCGACUGCCCGGAAGCUCCUCACCACCUCACCCCUGACACCACUAACGCCCAGCGGCGGCGGCGGCGGCAGCAGCAGCAGUGGCGGCAAAUCCCGGAAGUCCCGAGCUGGCAAGGAGUCGCAGCACUACAAGGAGUCGGACAUCCUCGAGAGCCCACCGCUGCAGUACUGCGCCAGUGCGCUGAGCGACAAGAUCAGCGACUACGAGGACGUCUGGUCGCACGAUCCCAGCGAUCGGGCCAGCCUGCUGACCAGUUUCCGCCCGGCACUGGAUUCGGUGGGCGGGGUGAUGAACCGACGACCGGAUCUGCUGGCCGAGACUCCGAGCACUCCCACACCCACACAGCAGACGCACUUGUCGCCCUGCGAGGAGGAAACCACUGCCACUGCCACGCCCAACGAAACCUCGAGCCAAUCCCUGCUGCAGUUCUCCGGUGAUGUUCCAGCUCGCUCUCGAGCAGGACUGCUCCUGCCGAAUCUCUCGGGACAGGCUCCACCGUCCGCCAUGACUCAGUCCAUGACGGCGGGUGGCGAGGACGACGGUGGCGACACCACACCCACGGCCGAGGGACAAACUCUCGCCGGCAGUCGCAGCAAGCAGGGUAGUCCCUUUUACGCGGAACCGGCGGAUGCACUGCGUCAGGCAGGCCUGACCAGUGCAGCCACCGCCAUUCUGCGACGUCAGCAUCGCAGCCAAGUGCUGCACGCCAGCCAAAGACACUCGGAACCACUAAAAGCGGGCUUCGGAGGAUCCGGCAAUGGGGCCCUGCUGCAGCCUAGCGAGCUGGAGAAGAUGGCCGGCAGCCUGGACGAGCUGAAGCCCAAGCCAAAGGUUUCCCAGCAGCAGCAGCAACAGCUACAGCAUCAGCAUUCGCAACAGCAACAGCCCACCAAGCGGGCUCGCAAUCUCAUCGAUCACUGGCAACUAGACAGCAGCUGGGAGUUUAUGGCCAAGCAGGAUCAGGGAAGCCAUGCUGGGGGGGAUUACGAUACGGCGGCCAUCGAUUGGCAGGAGAAGGAGAACUCGCUAGGCAAGAAGCGAACGCUGACCAUCCACCAGAUCAUCGCCAAUCGAUUGCCCGACCUUAAUCUGCCGGAGCUGGUGCGGUGCUCCACGCCGCCGCAAACGGCUGCACUGCAGCCGCAUGUCCAGGGACAGGAUAAAGUUGGACUCGGAUGCCGGCUCUCCUCCUACGACAAUGUCUUCUGCCAGAACUCGUUCGGUGGCAUCGAUUCGGCCCAGUCCGACGAUGGCACCAUCUUCUCGGAGCCCUGGGACUCGUCCCAGUGGGACUCCUUCCUGCCCCACGAUGAUGCCACCAUCAAUUCGGACACCAUUCAUCUGUCCAAGUGCCGACCCGCUCUUUCGGAGGACGACACGAUCAUCGAGGAACUACAAAGCACCAAAGACGGCAGCAAUGGCAGCUGCAACCAGGACACACUGAAGGCCAAUAGGAAUGGUGCUGGACACCAGAAACUCAACAAUACUGGGAAUGGCAAGACCAACGGUCGACCCAAAGUGGCCACAAUUCUGCGGAACCCCAGCAUGCGGGAUCGUGAAGUCUUAUGUCACCCCCGCAACAAGAUGAGCAUCCAAAGCAGCGGCCCCGGCGACUCUCUGCGGGCCUACACCCUCCAACUGGCCCAGGAUCCCAGCUCCACGUUUGCCCGCAACAUUGAGAACUUCAUCUGUUGCACCAAGGAGUCCCGGGAGGCGGCACCACAGGUGGUGAUGCGCAACAUGCGCCAGUUUAUGAGCGGCAUGAAGAACUAUCUGGUGAAGCAUGGCGAGGGCAAGUUCCAUGCCGAACUGGAAACGGCCAGGGCGCGCUUGAAGUCCGAUGAGUUUCUCAAUCUGGACGCCAUGCUGGAGACUGUGAUGCACCAGCUGGUGGUGCUGCCGCUGCGGGAGCACCUGUAUGGCAUCUUUGUGGAUCACUAUCAGCGCAGCGAGGAUAUCCAAUUGCUGGCGCAGAAUGUACGCUAUGCCUGCGAACGGGAGGCUGCCGACUUUGGGAUAAGGCCAACGGUUACCCCGCCCUCACAGGCCGCCCUGCGGCUAAUUGCCAACCUGCUGUGGCGCCUCCAGGAGGCCGAGUUGCCGCUGGACAAGCUGGAGCUCUUCCUGUGCGUCAUCUCGACGGUGUUCGAUGCCACCGGUUGUCCGCGUGGCCAGCAGCUGGGCGCCGACGAUUUCCUGCCCGUGCUCGUCUAUGUGGUGGCCAAGUGCGGAUUCGUUGGCGCCGAGAUCGAGGCGGAGUUCAUGUGGGGCCUCCUGCAGCCGACACUGCUCAAUGGGGAGCCGGGCUACUACCUAACCGCCCUCUGCAGCGCCGUCCAGGUGCUGAAGACCUUCAUGGCCUCCGAGGGAGAGAGCGGCAGCGGAUCCCUGGACUGGCGCUCCAGCUGCCUGCCCGCCUGCUCCAGUGUGCUGCGCGUGAUCAUCCCCGACGAGUGCAACGGAUCCCUGCAGACCCGGACCCUGCCGGUGCGACCCCAUACGACCACCCGCGAGGUGUGCCGCAUCAUUGCCCACAAGGCGCGCAUCACGAAUCCGCAGGACUACGCCCUCUUCAAGCUGGUGGACGGCGAGGAGACGCUGCUGACGGACGCUGAGUGUCCGCAGGAUGCCCGACUGGCGGCCAAGGGGAAGCACUGUAUGCUGGCCUACAAGCGGAUCGAUGCCAAGAUCGCCUGGCCCACUGCCCAGCUGGCCGGACACUGAUUCAGCUGCCCAGGGGAUUGCCCCCCAUUUACACACAUACGACAUACCGCCCCGCCCGCCCUGCCCUUCUUGCUCACUAACCAAGCAUAUUUGAUUAAUAAUUUAUUAUUAUUACAUUAAAAUAUACUUAGUAGCCUGUAAGUAAAGCUAAUUAAUGCUAAUUAGAAAACAUCUAAUGUGUACUAAACAUCAGUAUUGAGUUAAGUGUGUUUUUUUUUUCCUGACCCCCUACUCGGGUCAAACCCCUUUUUUUUGGCUAAUAAAAUGUACUAUGCGAAUAAUAUACAUAUACACACAUAUACGAUAUAUAUAACUUUAAGCGAGUAGAGAUCUGCAAAAUCUGCACAAAGGAAGUAAGGAGUCAUCUAAACGAAUCUACCCUCUAAACAUAUAUAUAUGCAAACACGAGCCUACCAUACGGUGGUAUACCAUUUGGUAUGGAUCGUGUGCGCCACCCUGGAGACCAAAAGCACAGUUCAACAAUCACAGCAACAAUCAAUCAUUCAUUCAAUCAAACGCUCAUGCGAUCAGUGCAUACCAUCAAACUACACAAAAGGCAUUUAGGUGUGAAUGGGUUUCGUGUUUUUUUUUU